UCAACGUUCUUUGAAUCAUGAUUUGAUUUAUUUGGUCUUGUUCGAGGCGUUCCGAACGAGGACGCGUACAGGAAGUAAACAAGCUGUUGGUAACGGUGAGCAGAUCAUUGACUGGAGCCACUUGUCGCCGACAAAGAAGGAGUGCUUUCUCACGAUGUUGCGUUUGUUUUUGUCCAGGCAAAGUACUUUUUGUACCAAAUGCAGCAUGUUAGCAGCACGCGAGUCGCCUGUGACGACCCCGCGUGCAGGAGCGCGAGCCAGGCAGCAGCAGAAGUCAGAUAGUAUUUUUAUUCAGCAACAAAGGCGAUAUGUGGGAGGACCAGCCUUUCGUAAAUACCGGUUAAAGUCCACGAUUUGGAUGUAUGGGGUUGGAGUGGGGAUCGCUUUAGCUGUCGGGCUGAAAUACAGCAGCGACGGUGCCAGCAGUUUCUGCGAUGUUAAAGUUACGAGAGCAGAGAAGACGGAUCGAUACAAAGAUGCUAUAAAAGUUAGCAGAGACCUUGUGGAGCGGAUAAAGGAUGAGGUCGGUGCUCCGGGAGUGGUAGUUGGCGUCUCUGUGGAUGGGGCUGAGGUCUGGUGUGAAGGAAUUGGUUAUGCUGAUUUGGAGAAUCGUGUCCCAUGCACGCCAGAAACGGUGAUGAGAAUCGCCAGCAUCAGUAAGCCCCUCACCUCUGCAGCUGCUGCACGACUGUGCGAGGAGGGGAAACUAGAUCUUGAUGCCCCAGUCCAGAAAUAUGUCCCACAGUUUCCCCAAAAACAGUUUGAUGGGCAAGACGUCACAAUAACCUCACGUAUGCUUCUGUCCCACCUGAGUGGCAUUCGGCAUUAUGAGAAAGAUGCAAAGAAAGUGAAGGAGGACAAAGAGAAAGCCAAGCGACUUUUAAAGCCCCCGGUUAAAGAAAAAGAGAAUGAAAAGAGCUCAUCUGAAAGCAAAGACAACAAAGCCGCAACAGAUCAGAACACCAAGAAGAAAAAAGAGUUUGAGCACGAGGAGUACUACUUAAAGGACAACUUUGAAAGUGUCAUUCAGUCUUUGGACCUUUUUAAGAAUGACCCCCUCAUUUUCAAACCUGGCACAACCUUUCUGUACUCCACUCAUGCCUUCACGCUGCUUAGUGCUGUUGUGGAGCGGGCUGCUGGUCGGCGAUUCCUGGACGUCAUGAUGGAUAUGUUCCGCGAGCUGGGAAUGCUCAAUACAGUGCCCGAUGAGAAUGACCCUAUUAUUUACAACCGCUCUAGGUUUUAUCAUCACAACAAGCGCGGACGUGUUGUGAAUUGCCCGUACGUAGACAACUCCUACAAGUGGGCAGGAGGUGGUUUUCUUUCCACUGUGGGAAACCUGCUGCUCUUUGGAAAUGCUCUGCUUUACAGCUACCAGGUGGCUCACUUGCAGGAUACUAACGGCUUGCUUCCUGGAUUUCUCAAACCCAAAACAGCGAUAGAGCUUUGGGCACCAGUUGAUGGGACUGAAGCCAGCUGGGAUAAGGACGGACUGUAUGCUCAAGGCUGGUUGGUAGUGGAGAAGGUGCAAAAAUAUGGCCAGUGCAGGAAGCGCAGACACUAUGUAUCACACACAGGAAGUGCUGUGGGCGCUAGCAGUGUCCUCCUGGUGUUACCCAGCGAAGAGAUUGACCAGUGCCAAGGACAGACCCCGAUCCUCCCACAGGGGGUGGUGGUCACCAUCAUUGCUAACAUGCAGUCCGUGGGACUCAACAACACUGCACUGAAAAUUGCGAAGGAGUUUGAUAAUGCCAGAAGGAAGUAGAACUGUUUACACAGGUGUGUGAGUUUACCUGCAAGAAAACUUUGUGAUCUUGUGUCAUUUUGAUAGAGCUUUUCAAUGUGUCUGAACUUUAAGGAAAUAAAAUUAGUCUUAAGUAUCCAUUUAUAUAAAUGUU